AUGAGUUCCUCGCGAAAGAACAAACGCGAUUUGACCUCGCGGACCGUGGAUUUCCUCAACCGCGUCAACAGCGUCAAGGACAACACCGGCGCGGACCCCCAAUCCAGAAGCAAACCGCGCGUUCGGCGCUUACCGUCGCAGCCUAUCAAUCGAUUUGGUAGCAGGACGCCGCAAGUAAAGGAUGCUAUUUGGGAUAUUCCGUCGGACUUUUCGGAUGAAGAGACACGACCUGCGUCGCGAAGACACAAUGCACAGUCCGAGCCCCGUUCUCUGAGACGAUCCCAAAGAGCUCGAAAGUCGGUUCAUCUGGAGAAUACCCCGACCCGGACGUCGCGGAGAUUGGCGCGUGUCAUUGAGGAUAGGCAUGAGCGCAGUAGUGAGGAAGAUGAUUCUGAAGCGGGAGAGGAAUUGAAUAAAAUCAUUGAUAAGCAGUUAAGUGGCGCGAGGUUGAUCCAGUCAGUGAACGAGAAGAGAAGUCCAGAGGUCAACCGUGGGCCUACCAAUGAAGAAAGGGAGGAACAAGAAGGUGAAAGCGACCGGGCGUCGGAGGAGCCUGUGAAAUCGAUCUCACCUUCGAAAAAGCUCCGAAUUCAGAAAUCUAAGACGAUGGACGCGCAAGAAGCCCAAGACGGCGAUCCGGAAUGGGCGCCCGAUACAGCAGCAAGUGAAGAGUUGGGAGAAGAAGAGGAUGAGAGAGGAUCGGACACUGACAGACCGCCAGAGCCUACGCAUAUCAUCCAGACUCGAAGAUUGACUCAGGAGCUGGCCUCGCCGCGAGCGACACGGAGACAUACUCUUGCGGCUCAAUCUGAGAAAGAGGUUGACAAAGCCUCAAGAAGGCCGAACAGAAGGUCGCUGCCGGUACAGAAUGGUUUAAGAACGGGAAUGAGUACUCAAGGCAAGCAAGCGGAUAGAACAGCAGAGCUAUCAGAGGUAUCUGGAUCCGUGCAAGAGGAGUCUGAAUCAGAAAGCUCGUAUGAACCGGAGGCAGAGGAAGAGGAAGAAGCAGGGACGAGUCGACAUUUACCCAACCCGCAGCGGGAGGAACCGUCUAUGCGACCAAGCAAGAGACGCCGUACUGAUCAGUAUCAACGCAAUCCCCAAGUCGAGGUCUUACGCACACAGCCAACGCCGCCGCCCGUGCAUUCAUAUCCAUCGACUCCUGAUGACAACCAGAGCCACAGGAGCACGCGUCAUCCCUCGCAAAGUCCCGCUGUUGCCACAAGGCCCAUCGGUGCGAUCUCAGAUGAUGCACAAAACGAGGCUCUGGUAAGAAGUGUCAGAGACAAUGCGGGGGAUAAAGCGUGGUUUGCAGAGGCUUCCAACCUUGGACAACAGAAGGAGAACUGGGAUAGUCUAGUGGCGGAAGCAUCGGAGUUGAAAGAGAAUAUAGAUCCCUCUCGAGCGGAGUCCUUUGGGCAAAUCGACAAAAAAUUAUCUCAGCUACGUACACGAUACACAAAGAUCAACAAGCAACUCAGAUCUCAGCAGGGGCCUCUCCGAGAAAAUCUGCGUGAGUGUCGCGAGGCCAUCUUGGAAGAAGGGACCAGGAUCCUUGACAGCGUCUACUAUCUGUCUCUCCGACGGGCAGAGUCGCAUGAGUUGCUGAAACAGGCGCAUCAGCUAGUUAAGCAGUUUGAAGCCCGGGUCUUUCCUGCCAUGAUCAAAGUGAUCCUUCUUUGCUUUGAAGCAUACUACACAAACCGGAAAUUCUUUCCGUCAGCUUAUAGACACCUUGCCGGGGCGAUGAAGCUCCUUCUACGAUUCUGCGACCGGAUUGCCAGCCUGCGCACCGAGCGAUACAUACUGUGCAAGAUACGCAGUCGAACCAUCCGCAAGCCGCUCCAAGAGCUGAUCAAGGCGUUGGAAGGCAACUUGCUACAGCGACGCGUGAAUGAGACUGACGGGGCCUCUGGAGGCGAGAAGAAGAGGGAAUGGACUGAGGAUGAGAAGAUUGCACUUCUCGAUGGAUUGAAGCUGUUUCUGGGUCAGGACCGCUACAUUCGCAUGGUCUGCCAUUUUGGACAGAGACUGCGCCACCGAAGUCUACAGGAGCUGCAGACGAAAGCCCGAGAGAUUCAUGACCGGUUUAUCCCUCGAAUCCAGGAGGAGCUCAGGACAGUAGAUGGGCGUCGACAGUGGCAAUGGUUGUUGAGUGUGAACGACGGUCAGCGUCCGGUGUCCGUGGAUUGA